AUGAAGGUACUACGCCGGCAUGACGAGGAGAGCAUAGGAAAACCUGGACUACUGCUUCUGGCGCAGAUCCUUGUAGCACCCUUCCAGCCAUUCCAGGGCGCACCCGAGGACCGCUGCCCAGAGAGACACAUGUCGGAGUUCAGGCAUCUCACAACUCUAUACCAGCAACAAGGCGACUACGAAGGCAAAUUGACGGCCUUGGAAGUAGCAAUCGUGUCAGAGAGCAAAGUGCUUCUAAGUAGCUCCGCUAGCCACAAGGUCAUCGAUGCUGUAUAUCGUGGUCGCAUCGUGUACACUCCCACAACUUUCAUCGACAUCAUUCCAGAUCAUUACAAGUACAAACCGAUAUCGUUGUACGAUCCCCGAAAAGCUCCGUUGCUAAACCAAUAUCGCCUCAUGGUGCCGCGCACGCGCAACAUGAUUGAGGUCGUACAAUUCCUCAUACUCCUUGCAUUGUAUUGCUGGAUGAUGACCACACGGCGAGACCAUUACCUCACGAACGCCGAGCUUGUGUUUUUGUUCUAUGGGGCUGGUUGGGUCCUGGACGAAUUAGCGUCAUGCCUUGAGCAUGGAUGGGAGGUGCAUACACAAGAACUCUGGGCUUUCCUCGACGUAACAUUCUCGGGUAUCUUCAUCGUCUAUCUGGGCAUGCGCAUUCACGGGUGGGUCAUUGGGAAUGACGAGACUGGCAGACAGGCACUCGAUGUCCUUGCUGUGGCUUCCCCAAUCCUGUUCCCCCGUAUAGCCUUCAACCUGAUGCCAGAGAACAUGCUCUUCAUCGCGCUACGAGCAAUGGUCAAGGAGUUCACUGCUCUUAGUCUCAUCGCAUUCUGGUGCUUUGGCGGCUUCCUGCUUGCGUUGAAGUGGCUGAGCAUCAGCAAUCCUGACGUCGGCUGGGAGGAGUCUCACAGCGUCAUCACAAUCUCCAAAUGGAUGCUCUGGAUAUGGUUCGGUCUUGAUGGCACAGGAAUUGACAAGGCGCCAGGCUUCCACGAGAUCUUGGGACCGACGCUGAUGGUCAUAUAUGCGUUCCUCGGCAACACUCUCUUCCUGACCGUCCUUGUUUCCAUCCUGAGCAACACCUUCUCCAAAAUCGCAGCCGAUGCAACUGCUGAGAUUCAAUUUCGCCGCGCUGUGCUCACAUUUGAGGGUGUCAAGUCCGAUUCGCUAUUUGCUUAUCGCCCACCCUUCAACUUGCUUGCUUUUGUCGUACUCCUUCCUUUGAAGUUCCUCUUAUCACCGCGAUGGUUUCAUAAGAUCAACAUCACUGCAGUACGCGUGCUCAACGCACCCAUACUGCUCGCGAUCGCCUACCACGAGCGCCGCGCCUUGUGGAAACCAUCUCGACGCGGCGCAAUCAGUGGACCGGGGCCGUCCAAGCGUUCAUCAUGGCUGUUCGACAGCAACUUCUGGAAAUGGAGCAAAAUGAGUCCGCACGCAGAUCUACAAGCUGUUUUUGAGGAGGAGCCACCGGAAGAUGUAGUGCAGCGAAUUGAGGAGGAAGAUGACCUGGAAGAUGCGAUCUUGGAGAAUAGUUUUGCAGCUACAAAUCCGAAUGGCGAUAGGAGAAGCAUCAGUCCUGGAAGUGCAAUGACAAGGAGAAGAAGGUUGAGCAAUGUGUGGCCGGGUCCUGCGAGCUAG